CCCCAGCGCGCUCGGAUGGCGGGCGGCGCCGGCUGGGCGGGCGGCCCCGCGGCGCUGCUGCGCUCCGUGCGCCGGCUGCGGGAAGUGUUCGAGGUGUGCGGCCGAGACGCGGACGGCUUCCUGCGGGUGGAGCGCUUCGUAGCCCUAGGCCUGCAAUUCGGCCAGGGAGAGGAGGUAGAGAAGCUUGUGAAAUACUUGGACCCAAAUGACAUGGGGAGAAUCAACUUUAAGGAUUUCUGCCAUGGAGUUUUUGCCAUGAAAGGGUGUGGAGAGGUGCUGAAGGAUGUGCUGGCCAUGGAAAACACAGCAGCUCUGCAGUAUGAACCAGAGAUCGGGGAUUACGAAGAUCAGGGCAGUGAGAUCCAGGACCCUGCCUACGUGGACAGCGAGAACGCCCUCGGAGAGCCCGACCUCUUUCCUGAGGACGAGGCCAUGAUGCUGGCCCAGCAUGACGUCCUUCAUGAGUCUGACAUGGACAGCGCCAUUGACAGUGCCCCGAGCCUGGAAGUAUCCGACAUGAGCCCAGGAGAGGAGAAGGAUGGGGUCCUCGGAGGCCUCUUUCUUCCAGGCGACAAGUCAUUUAUCCCUAACCCAUCCGCAACAUCUGAUCUCUCCACACACUCAACAGCCUCUCUCAUCAGUAACGAAGAGCAAUUUGAAGACUAUGGGGAAGGGGAAGAUGUGGAAUUUAACCCCAGCAGUCCUUGUCCCGAUGAUGAAACUAGAACCAAUGUCUACUCUGACCUGGGGUCCUCCGUAUCUUCCAGCGCAGGACAGACCCCUAGAAAAACGAGGCAUGUCUACAACAGUGAACUGCUGGAUGUCUACUGUUCCCAGUGCUGUAAGAAGAUCAGUCUGCUCAACGAUUUGGAAGCCAGGCUGAAGAAUCUUAAGGCCAACAGCCCCAACCGGAAGAUCUCCAGCACAGCAUUUGGACGACAACUCAUGCACAACAGCAACUUCAGCAGUAGUAACGGCAGCACCGAGGACCUGUUCCGGGACAGCAUCGACUCCUGUGAUAAUGACCUCACAGAGAAGGUGAGCUUCCUGGAGAAAAAAGUGACCGAGCUGGAAAACGACAGCCUGACCAACGGAGACCUGAAGAGCAAAUUGAAACAAGAGAACACGCAGCUCGUCCACAGGGUGCAUGAGCUGGAAGAGAUCAUGAAAGACCAGGAGACGACGGCCGAGCAGACCCUGGAGGAGGAGAUCAGACGGCAUCGGGAGCUGUUCGGCAAGCUGGAGAAGGAGAAGGGCACCGAGAUCGAGCUGCUCAACACAAGGGUACAACAAUUAGAAGAAGAGAAUACAGGACUGAGAACCACAGUGACCCGUCUAAAGUCCCAGACAGAGAAAUUAGAUGAGGAACGGCAGCGGAUGUCGGACCGACUAGAAGACACCAGCCUCCGGCUCAAGGAUGAGAUGGAUCUAUACAAGCGCAUGAUGGACAAGCUGCGGCAGAACCGGAUAGAGUACCACAAGGAGCGAGAGGCCACUCAAGAGCUCAUCGAGGACCUGAGGAAGGAGCUGGAGCACCUCCAACUCUACAAACUGGACUGUGAGCGGCCCGGCCGGGGACGAAGCUCUUCUUCCAGCAUGAGCGAAUUCAAUGCCAGGGCCCGGGAAAUUGAACUGGAACAUGAGAUCAAGCGGCUCAAGCAGGAAAACCAGAAGCUUCGAGAUCAGAAUGAUGACCUGAAUGGGCAGAUUUUAAGUCUCAGUCUUUAUGAAGCAAAGAAUCUCUUUGCCACUCAGACCAAGGCCCAGUCUUUGGCAGCAGAGAUCGACUCGGCCUCCCGGGAUGAGCUUAUGGAAGCCCUCAAAGAACAAGAGGAGAUCAACUACCGACUGAGACAGUACAUGGACAAGAUCAUUCUUGCCAUCCUGGACCACAACCCAUCCAUCCUGGAGAUCAAAAACUGAGAGGAGAUGUAAGGGUCGAGAUGGGAGUGGGCCCGACAGAGAGCCUUGGGAGAGCAGCAGCCGCCCGACACCUGCACAUGUCACUGGAUUUAAGAGUCACUAUUACUGUAAAUGUCUAUACAUACAGCCGUGUGUGUGUGUGUGUGUGUGUGUGUGUGUGUGUGUGUAAAGGAAAAUGAGUGUGUGUGAAUGAUAUGAGGUUGAUCCUUUAGUCACAGUGGUCUGCUUUGGUUAGCUUUUCAUGCACUUUGUUGUACCUUUGCAGGGAAGAGGGUUGGCAGAGGGGAUAGGAGGAAGUUAUUAUUAUAACAAUAUAACUGGACACUUUUGUUUUAGGUAUUGGAUAAUAUGACUACCUCUGGGUGUGAGGGUUUUUUUUUUCACUAUCUCUAUUGUCGGAGGUGCCCCCUCACUUCCUACAGGAUGGGGAACAAAACAAUGACUUUUCCAGUAACUUGAAUACCUAGCAGCCUUGUGAUUAGGAUUAGCUUGAUACCAUUCU